GUGCGGUGGCCCGGCUGCCCACCGGCGGGGGUGUGGCGGUGUCCCGGUGCCGGGAGCCCCGCCCCCCGGUGCAGGCCCCGGUGUCCGCCCCCGGCCGGCGCGGCGGCGCGCGGCGGGCGGGGCAGGCCGGUGCGGCGCGCGGCAUGAGGCAGGGCGGGGAGGCGGCGGGCGGGGGGCGCGCGGCGGGCGGCAGCCCCGUGCCCAGCCCCGGCUCCCCCGGCGCCGAGGAGCCGUCGCAGAAGCGACAGAGAACCGUGGAGGACUUCAACCAGUUCUGCACCUUCGUUCUGGCCUACGCGGGCUACAUCCCCUACCCCGACGAGAACGAGCCCUGGGCCCGCGGAGGCAGCAUGAGCCCCCCGAACAGCACGGGGAGCACGCAGGACAGCGAGAGCUGGGCCUCGUCCCACUCCUCCGACUGCCACGUCCUGGGGGAUGACGGGAGGAGCAGGGAUGCCGCCGGGGGGGCUGUGGAGAGCGGCCUCCUCCUGCCCUACCCUGCCUUCCCUGACGGCUUCUACGGCGCCCGGCCCCCGCAGACCAAACGGAAGAAACCGCCAGCAAAGAAACUGGUUUUGGAGCAGGAGGUGAAGAGGGAGCCGCUGGGCACCGGGGCAGAGCCGGACGGGGCGAGGGAGCUGGCUGCGCUGGAGGGACGGGUGCCCCCCGUGAGACAGCAGCUCCCGGAGCCUUCCCUCAGCCCGGCUGGGGACCCCCAGCCCCCCUCCCUCCUGGAGGAGCUGAUGAAGGAGGAGAAGGACUGGACGCAUGGAGCGCAGGGGGCCGAGAAGCCAGCGGGAGAUGAUCCUCAGCUGCAGGAGCACGGACCCUGCUCCGGAGGGAGGAAAAGCCCCGGUGCUUGCAGUACCUUGGACCAAAGCGAAGGGGAGGAUGCGAGCGGAGGCAGCUCCCAGCUCAGUGUCGAUUUCACAGCAGCUCCCAACACCAAAGCAGAAGACGACGACGCCUGGGACCUGAUCACCUGCUUCUGCCUGAAGCCCUUCGCCGGGAGGCCCAUGAUUGAAUGCAAUGAAUGCGCUACCUGGAUCCACCUCUCUUGUGCCAAGAUCCGCAAAUCCAACGUGCCUGAGGUUUUCAUCUGCCAGCGGUGCCGUGACGCCAAGCAGGAGAUUCGCCGCUCGAACCGAGCUCGGACGGUGCCCCGCAAGCGCUUCUGUGACUGAAGCUCCCCUGGAGCAGGGAGGCCGGGGGUCCCCUUUUUAAUCCGAAGAUCGUAGCCCGGUUUGGCGAGACAAUCAAUGCACGGUGAUGGCCAGGGAGGGGCUGGACUGUCCCCCUUGCACUUCUGACUGCUGGAAGCUGCCCCGUGCGUCCUCCCUGGGGGGCGCGUUGGCCACGGAGCUCAGUUUCCCUGGAGGUGUGGGGGGGAAAGGAGGGUGGUCCAGCUGCGCACUAGGUCACUCUGGAACAUCCCUGUCCUCGCACAAAGCUGGCUCAGUGCCUUUCCCCAGGGCAGCCGAGGAGAACCUAGUCCUAGUAGUUUUUCUGUGGUGUGGUGGAAGCUUACACUUACCCCAAGAUGUGACUCCCCUUCGUCCUUUCUCCUCAGUGUUUUCCUUUUCCUUGCCUCAGGCUUUAGCGUGGGCUGCGACGGCCAAGCCCCAGUGAUCCAAGUUCUCCUCCGGCAAGUAGGUGCAGCCCUCCACGAAGGGCUCCAUGGAGCUCCCUCCAUGAAGCGUCCUGCUCUCCAGGGCAGGAGGGGACGUCAGUCCUGGAGCAGAGUGGGGCUCUGCGUCUUGGGGGUGUUGGUGGAGCCAUCCAUCUCUGGUUCACCAGCCUUGCAGGGUGGACAGGGGAGGUCCUUCCCCUGGCCCAUGGUGCUCCUGGUCUCGUUUGCUGUGCCUGUGACCCCAGGGUAGUCCUGUUGGGUCAGGAGCAGCAAAGGCAUCCUCCAGUAGGUGAUCACCAAGGCAGUUCUUGCUGAGCAGCCCUCCUUGCUUCAUGUUCUCCAGUUGUACUGGGGUCUCCUGUGUGAAGGGAGGUGGGAUUCCUGGUAGGAGACUGGAGUUCUCCUCAGAGCUGGCUGUGGCAGUGCUGGGAGCCCUUUGGAAGGGGAACAGGAGAGUGCUCUGUGGUUAGCUUUCCAUGUUUUCCAGUUAAAAACAACUGAAGCUUUUGUACCCUGUGGCCAUCUCCUGCCUGCAGGGCUGUCUGGUGGAGCAUCCGCUUCAACACCAGCUGGAUGCUGAGACCUGAGCUUGGAUGGAGCCAGGAGCUGGGAGGGCUUUGCUUCCCAGCACUCCCUCCAUCACAGAAGUUGGGUUUUUUUCCUGGACACGUAGAGUGAAACCUAAUGACUUGUCAUGGGCGGGCCCCGAGCCCCUUCUGCUAUGCAACUGCUGCUCUGGAGACACCGGCUGUGCUCUCUGCAGCCCCUGCUUGAGUUUGGCAGUGGAAGGCCUGUCCCUGUCCCUGUCCCCCAUGGACAGUGUGUGUGUGUGUGUGUGAUCUCCUGGGCCCCCAUCUGCACCAACCGCUGGACCCCACCUCCAGACCCCUCCAAAAGAGCCUCCCCACGUGCCUUCUGCACUUUCCCUGGGGGAUGCAGACCCCGCGCCCGUCCUGGUGACACUCGGCUCAGUCCCCGGCAUGCCACUGCCCACACUGGGACAGCCCCCUCUUGCCAGUCCCAAUGACCGUUAUUUCUUAACUGGGUUCUUUCCUACUUGCACAUCUGGUUACUGUGGGACCACAGCUGGGGGAGGGCGUGGGGCAGCCCCUUAUCAUGCAGCAGCCCCCAGGCUUGUCCCUGUGCCUCUCUCCUGCUGUGGAAAGCCUGGGCCCCAAAAGUGCUUUAUGUUUUUAUAGUUACUUUGUAUUGAUAUGUAAAAUAGCAAAUUCUGGUCCUUGCCCUGUGGAGUGUGGCUGGAGUCUUAUGUAUAUAAUAAAGUACUUUUGCCAUAACA